AUGAGUUUGGACCACCAAGAUUUAGACGACCUUGUGAACUUAGCCACAGAUAUUGGCACGGCCCACAAACAAGCCACUGAGCAUCCGGAUGUGAUCACCCAGCAGGAAAGCCAGGACCUCGACCAGUUCCACGAGGAAGCCAAACAGACGGCCCAGGACUUGGAUCCCCAGUCGGUCGCGGCCGACGGAGCCGAGCUUCCAGACCCACCGGAAAUCACUGCGGACUCGGUGUGGUCGUUCUUAGGUUCCUGCGGAAUCAACCUGAUCCUGCCGUUCAUCAACGGUGUCAUGCUUGGGUUUGGCGAGAUUCUCGCCCACGAGAUCGGAUUUCGUUACAAUUGGAGCGGAGCAAAACUAGACUACAAGAGCGAGAAAAGUAGAUACAUUUUGAAAUACUUGGCAAUACAGGUGGUACUUUCCGUGAUCAGAGCACUGAUUUCAUUGAAAGUUGCCGCUUUGGAUGGUUACCUGGUCUCCUCUCUGAUCACUAAGAGAUUCAAGUCUUUUUUUAAGUAUCUGGUGUUCUGGGUACUGAUUGGAGUUCCGGCUUCCUUGACUGAAGCAUUUUUUGUCAAGACUCGGCAGCUGCUUUCUCAGUCUGUGAGGAUGAAUAUGACAGACGAAGUUCUGGACUCUUACUUGCCGGACAAUGGUAAUAGCACGGUUUAUCAUCUGAUUAACAAGUCCAAAAACGAGAGCGAUAGAAACACGAUUGACGACCCAAAUCAACGCAUAACAACUGUGAUCGAGCAGUUUUCCGAUAGUUUGAGUGCGAUUCCAUCUCAGAUCCUUGUUCCUAUUUUAGACAUUGCACUUGCCGCCAACCAGCUCUCGAAGACAGGAGAACACGUUGCUGAGGGUGGAAUCCUGCUUGGUCUCAUCACUACCGUGUCUACCUUGGUUUUGAAAGUGUUCACCCCGAACUUCUCCAAGUUUUCCGCGCUCAGCAACUCUCUCGAGAACAAGUUCCACGCUUACCAUUCGAGGAUUGUGAACAACAAUGAGGAAAUAGCUUUGGCCAAAGGACAUCGCCGCGAAAUCGAUCUGCUCGACAUGAACUACUUUGAGCUCGAACGAUUCAAGCGAAUGGAGCUUCGAAGAAUGGCAGUUUACGAUUUUGCCGUCUCUUUUGUGUUCAAAUACUGUCUAGGUGCGUUUGGACUGCUGCUCUGCUCUCUCCCAAUCUUCACCACUGCUUACCAGCAUAACUUUUACAUCUCGGACCAUGCAAGCAGCAGGAUCUCGGCAGACUUUGUCACUAAUAGACGGCUUUUGUUGACCGCUUCAGAUGCACUCGGCAGUCUGGUGCGUGCAAAGAAAAACAUCCAGAACCUAUUUGGUUACAGCGAGAGUAUCAGAGAGUUUGAGCAAGCAUUGACAGAGAUCAACAAUUCUUUGGACAAGGACUCGGCAGUGGAAACAGCCACAAAUGUCAGACCCCUGGUGAAAGGUCCAAACGUUUCGUACGGCGACGAGAUCUCGUUCCAGAACGUGCCUUUGGUAACGCCAACCGGUACUGUCCUGGUGCAAGACUUAACGUUCACGAUCAAGUCUGGAGACAAUCUUUUGAUCAUUGGGCCUAACGGGUGCGGAAAGUCGUCGCUGUUCAGAAUCUUGGGUGGACUAUGGGACGUCCAAGCUCCUGGCCAUUUGGUGAUCCCGAGCUCUAAAGAGGACAUUUUUUAUCUCCCGCAAAAGAGUUACCUAACUUAUGGAUCUCUCCGCGAACAGAUCGUGUAUCCACACACCGUUGAGGAGUAUAAGCAGAAGCUACAGAAGGCGAACAUGGACGGGACGGUCAAGAAGGACGACUCGUAUCUUAUUGGGCUGCUCAAGAUGGUGAAACUCGAGCAUUUAUUGGAGAUGGCUUCGGAAAAAGACGACGAGGAUGAGGACGAAAUGUCGCAUGCGUUGGAGACUCCUCUGGAGAUCGAGAAGAGGUGGCCAGAUUUGCUUUCUGUGGGAGAACAGCAGCGUCUCGCGCUAGCCAGAAUGUACUACCACCAGCCACGGUUUGCCGUGCUGGACGAGUGCACCUCAUCGAUCUCGCCCGAUUUGGAACAGGAGUGCUACCGUUUGGCAAUCGAGGAGUUUGGAAUCACCGUUCUUUCUGUUUGUCACCGGACAUCUCUAUGGAAGUUCCAUUCACACAUAUUAAAGUUUGGCACUCCAGGCAUGGUGCAAAGCGACUCAGAGUCACACGACAGCGAAGGCGAGCUCUCCAGAGCAAGUCCGUUACAUGAUACACCGAACACCACCACAUUUACCAAGUUUGACCCGCUCAAGAGACUCGAACGACACGAAGAGCUUCUCCGCGUGGAAGCCAGAUUAAAGAACAGCUCCAACAUACAAAAAAGACUCCGGGCUCUUGAAAACAGGAAAAACCGUAGCAAUAAAUUAAUACCAGCACUUCUCCAUGAAGACCAUGGCAACCUUUGCAGACAGCGAGCCGGUGAACGCGAUCUUCUUCAUUCGCUCAAGAUAUUGAGCUCUGAUACUUUCGUCUUGGGAGUCGCACCCAGAAACAAAGAUUGGCAGGAAAACACUGAUCUGAUUAGGAGCAUCGUCAAGGAGAUACGCAUUUAUCACCUGAAUUGUCUCGUUGCACAUGUCUUGAAUCAAUGGGGAACUCUUUGGAAUCUUCAAAACCCGUCUAUAGAUCUGGUUGAGCCCAAGCAAUGCAAACACUCUGUCGAAAGCGAUGGUCGGGUCCUCGCCAGCAGUCACCUUGCGAGAAAGUUCUUGGAACCUAAGAACCUCUUGGAGUGCUCUGUCAACGACCUGGGAAGAAAUGCGGCUGCCUGGUUCCAAUUUCUCCCGCAUGUUUGUCUCCUUGAUCAAUUGGAUGGUCUUUUUGUAAAGAGAAAGAUACUUGAUAUUGAAACCAAGGAAGUAGUCCACGUUGCAGCGAGACUCGUCCAGCAUCAACGAUUCAGAAUAAGACGUUGUCUCAAACUCGUAGUCUAUGUCAGCGGAAAGGUAACGGUCGUUCUUUGGAAUAUUUUGUUGGUUAGCAAACUCUUCAUACUCCUGAGCAGACGGCUCAAUAGGCGACGACAGAUUGGAUAA